AUGAAGGGUACUUCAAUUUUUCAAUUCAAAUCCUGGCCAAAGAUUCAUCAACCCUUACCUCGUACUCCACGAGAAUCUCAACAGUUGUUAAAUGCCCUCACAUCUUCGUUUCGUCGUCAGCUAGAUGGUGCAUAUCCCGCAUCAGGCAACAAUCAUGGUCGACCCGGACCCCUCCAGAACCCUGAAUCAUCAGCACAUGCAACCCAUCAGCAUCUACAGACCAUUCUUGAUAAUCCUCUCUUCCGUAUUGUUCCCGCCAGAUCCCAUGAACCAACAACCUUACAAAGCGUCGAGGGCCAACGACAGUUAGUCGAACAACCCAUGGUGGUUUUCGACCAAAUGGCUGCCGCUGGCUCAGUCACUGCACUUACAAUCAAUGAUUGUCUGAAAUCUCAGCUCCUCCUUUCCAAAUCCCCGGACCAUAUGAAAGCGUCUCGGGCAGCAUCCAGAAUCGUUGAUUGGUUCUGGGCAUCUGAUGGCGCUUCCAGACAGGCGCUUCUGCGUUUGCGCUCAGCAACUCAGUCAUUGACUAAGUUCAUGGUUGUUGAGGAGAUGCAUGGUACUGUUAUGGAAUGGCUGCGAAUGCUCAUGGACCAUGACCUUGGCACCGAGAAUGGCCAAUUGGCAGAUGGGCUCGCACGGCAAACUUUUAGCCAUCUCCUUGUCGAUUUUGUGGAUGCAGAAACCCGAUUUGGGAAUGGUUUUGACUCGGCAAUGGAACAAUAUCAACGUGUAUGCCAAUUGCAUUUCCAAAGUACAUCCUCUCACAAGUCGAGGAAACCGAUGCUCUUGGCUGCAGGUGCUCACUUGAGCCGUAUAGCUAUGGAGCACAAGCCAACGGAUCAGCAAACAUCCGCAACAGUCUAUAAUCGAUUCCAAGAAACAGUCUCUUUGUUGUCUCCCCGGUCCCUGCUGUUGGCAUCUGUGGCUAUCUGCCAUCCAGCAAACCCCGACGCUAUCCCAUUCCUCCAAUUUGUGAAGAACCUGUCUCCAACUAAGUUCCAGACUUGGAACGACAACAGACGUGACGCUUUCUUCCACAUUGGCUCGGAGGCACUCCGAGUUCUCGUCGACCAGAACAAGUUCCGGGAUAUCUCCCGGUUGGAGCAGCACAUCUCAGAAUUGCUGCCAGAACAGUCACCACCUCCCGCCGCUGCUGAGAAAUCGCACGCAUCAGCCGAAGAGGAACAUUUGGCUCGUUUGAACUGGAGUUUCACAUGA